AAAAAAGAAAAAAAAUUAAUCCACAUUUCUCUUUAAAUUAGAAAAAAAAUAUUUAGUAUUUAAUUUCUCUAUGCUUGGCAGUUUUCCUGUAUUGCUCUGUCAGGAGCCUUGUCUUUUUAUUCGGCUUCAUUUCUGAUUACAGAUUAUUCAUUUAUGGAUGGGCAGCUGUAGAAACUUGCUUCCUGCAUAUGCAAAUCAAUCAUGAUCAUGAUUUUGGAAGGAGCUGGCAGAAUGAGUAUCAAUUCCAGCAGCAACCUACUUCACCAGCAGCCUUCCUGGACAGACGGAUAUUCCACAUGCAAUGUGUCCAGCAGCUUCUAUGGGACACAGUGGCAUGAAAUACACCCGCAGUACUGGACUAAGUUUCAAGUCUGGGAAUGGCUGCAGCAUCUCCUUGACACCAACCAACUGGAUGCCAACUGCAUACCUUUCCAGGAGUUUGAUAUCAACGGGGAGCACCUGUGCAGUAUGAGCCUGCAAGAAUUCACUCAGGCAGCCGGGACAGCAGGGCAACUGCUUUACAGCAACCUUCAGCACCUAAAAUGGAAUGGCCAGUGUGGAAGUGACAUGUACCAACCUCAUAAUGUUAUUGUGAAGACAGAGCAAACAGAUCCAUCGUUAAUGGUGUCCUGGAAAGAAGAGAAUUAUCUCUAUGACAGUGGCUAUGGUAGCACAGUAGAACUACUGGACAGUAAAACAUUCUGUCGUUCUCAGAUUUCUAUGACGACACCUAGUCACCAGCCUCCUGAGUCUUCAGAUGUGAAAAAAUCGCAAGAUCAUAUACCAAAGUCCCACACCAAGAAGCACAACCCUCGAGGAACUCACCUUUGGGAAUUUAUUCGAGAUAUUCUUCUCAAUCCUGAGAAAAACCCAGGAUUAAUCAAGUGGGAAGAUCGGUCAGAAGGUGUCUUCAGAUUUUUAAAAUCUGAAGCUGUGGCUCAGCUCUGGGGAAAGAAGAAAAACAACAGCAGCAUGACUUAUGAGAAACUCAGCCGGGCUAUGAGAUACUAUUAUAAAAGAGAAAUCCUGGAGCGUGUGGAUGGUCGGAGAUUAGUGUAUAAAUUUGGAAAGAAUGCCCGUGGCUGGAGAGAAAAUGAGAAUUAAAUACAUUAAGAAAAAACAUUUAAAACACCUGGAUGUAAAUAUUCAAAGACUAUUUUCUUAUAUUUAUGUACCAAACUAGGGUGAAAAACCAAUUCUACUUCUGUCGGGAAGAAGGAACAGUAUCAUUAUUGGUGUUAAAAUUAUUUUAUUUGAAGUAUGUCCUGUAUGGGGAAAAAAUGUACACAGUUUUCUGUGAUAUAAGUUAACAUUAUAGAAUUAUGAUUAUUUUUC